AUGCCGCCGCCUGGUUCAGUAUUAAAGAAGCAGCAGGUGUUAGCAUCUCUCUGCAGCAGCAGCAGCAGCAGCAGCAGCAGCAGCAGCAGCAACACAGAUGCUGCGUUUCCUCUCACUCUUGCUGCUUGCCCCUCGUGUCUCUGCUGCGUCUGCUGCAGCCAGACAGCCCCUUGUCUCUCUCUAUGGGACCCCCGAAAUAUCAAAGACAGAGCAGCAGCAGCAGCAGCAGGGAUGCUGCCAGAAGAGCAGCAGCAGCAGCUGCAACACCACAGACGAAGACACCGCACGCAGCAGGAGACACAAACACCAACUCCUGCAGCAGCAGCAGCAGCAGCAGCUGCUGCUGCUGCUGCUGCUGCUGAUCGCAUGCUAGAUGUUUGUCUCUGCAACGACUGUGGCGCUGCAGCACACAGCAGGUGUCUCUACAGGGUAGAGGAGGUGCUGACGAAGCAGGAUCUGCUGCAGCCGCAGCCGCAGCAGCAGCAGCAGCAGCAGCAGCAGCAACCACAGCAGCAGCAACGGCUGCUGCAGCAGCAACCACAGCACCAGGGAUUGCUGCAGCAGGAGCAGCAGCAGGCACCUUGGCUGCAGCUGCCGGCGAUGGCGGAGCAGCUGCGUGCAGCAGCAGGUGCUGCUUCCUUUUGGGAUGCCAGUAAAGAUAUUAAGGGGUCUAGGGGCCCGCUGCAGCUGCAGCAGCAGCUGCAGCAGCAGCAGCAGCAGCAGCAGCAGCAGCAACAGCAGCAGCAACGGAUAACACGUGGCUUUGCAUCUGCUGCUGCUGCAUCAGAUGUCUUACAGGAGACUGCUGCUGCACCGCCGCAGCAGCAGCUGCUCGAUCAGCAGCUGCAGCGGCUGCUGCAGCACCAGCCGCAGCAGCAACCUGUGUUGCAGCAGCAAACGCAGAGCUUCCUGCUGCAGCCGCAGCAGCAGCCCCUGGCAUCUCAGCAGCAGGUCUCGCCGCAACUGCAGUUGCAGCAGCAGCUGCAGCAGCAACUGCAGCAGCAGCUGCAGCAGCAGUUGUUACUGCAGCAGAACGUGCAGCAACAACCCCAGCAACAAGCGCAGCAGCAGCAACAGCAGCUGCGGCAGCUCUUGCAGGAACGAAUGGACAGCCUUCAGAGACAGAUAGAUGGAGCCGCCAGGCAGCAGCAGCAGCAGCAACAGCAGCAGCAGCAACAACAGCAGCAGCAACGGCAGCAGCAGCAAGAGGCCGGACAGCCCUUGGAAAUGCUGAGGACGGCGAUGCUGCAGCAGCAGCAGCAGCAGCAAGUUCAGCAGCAGCAACUGCUGCAACGAACCCAACAGCAGCACGGAUAUCAGCAGCAGCAGCAGCAGCAUCUCCUGCAGCAGCUACGAACACAGCAACAGCAGCAGCAGCAGCAGCAGCAGCAGCAGCAGCAACUGCUCGCGGGACCUGCGCAGCAGCAGCAGAAUAUCAUCGAUCGCAACGCAGCAAUAGGAGCAGCAGCACAUUCUGCUGCAGCAGCUAGAGAAGCUGCGGGGAACUCCGCCAGCUGCUGCUCCUAG